CUCACACAAACUUGGUCACUUUGUACGUCUAUCGUUGCUAAACUGCAUAUCUGCUUGAUAUAACAAAGGGACACAAAAAUAUCAUCACGCAAGAAUAUCUUAAUUUCUUAAAUAGUUAUACAUGUACAUAAAAAGGAGUUAAUGAAUCUGUUAGCCGUUUGGUUCCAAUAUUAUAUAACACAAGCUAAUUAAAGUUAAAUAUUGUCAAAACAACAGAGGGUCAGAAGCGGUUACUUCUUGUCCUUCUUCAUGCUGCAUUGCUGCUUUGCCAAUUCUUCUAAAAGCUAGGAUUGUAUUCUAGUCGUAGGGACAGGAAUAUGGAUAAUUUAUACAAAAUUGAAGCCGUGGGUAAUGUGAAACCUAUACUGUUAAUGAUAGUGGUCCAGACUCUAUAUGCAGUGGUGAAUAUCAUGAUAAAGUUGGUAGCAGAUGAUGGAAUGAGUUUGAGUAUUCUUGUUACCUACCGGUUCAUCUUUGCUUCAGCCUUCAUUGUUCCACUUGCUCUUAUCUUUGAAAGGAAAAGUCUGCAAUGUCUUACUGGGCAAGUUCUACUCCAAGGUCUUCUUUGUGGAGUAUUUGGGGGAGCCUUACUGCAAAAUCUCUAUGUUAAAUCCUUGGCCUUGACAUCCGCAGUUUAUGUUACAGCCAUGCUGAACCUCAUCCCUGCUGUCACAUACGUCUUGUCAGUUUUUGUUGGAUUUGAGAAGUCAAAUCUUGGAACAGUAGGUGGGAUGGCGAAGUUGGUGGGAACAUUAACAGGAAUUGCGGGUGCCAUGAUCCUAACUUUCUACAAAGGAAGAAGGCUAUGCCUUUGGUCAACAUACAUUGACUUGUCGCACCAUGCCACAUCACCACCCACUGCCCCCACCGGUUCUCUUCUGUGGGGCUGCAUUCUAGCUUUUGCAGCCACUCUCAGUUACUCCUUGUGGUUGAUAGUCCAGACAAAGAUGAGCCAGAAGUUUCCGUGGCACUACUCAAUUGCAGCUUUAACCUCUGUAACGGCCUCAAUCCUAUCCGUUAUAUUUGCACUUUGUACGGAGAGAGAUUGGAGCCAGUGGAAACUUGGUUGGAACUUGAGGCUUCUAACAGCAGCUUCUGCGGGUAUCUUUGCCUCUGGAGUGUGCUAUACCCUACUAGCAUGGUGUGUGCGCAGGAAGGGACCUUUAUUUGCGUCUGCUUUUAGUCCUCUAAUGCUGGUGGUCGUGACCCUUGCCGGGCCAUUGGUACUAGAUGAGUGUCUCAACAUUGGAAGUUUAACAGGAUCAGUGUUGAUUGUGGGUGGAUUGUACAUGUUGUUGUGGGGUAAAAGCAAGGAAACACCAAGGGAGCUGAGUGAGAUGGUGUCCUCAAAAGGCUCUCCCCAAUGUGAUCCAAUUCACAUUAUUAAUAACCCAUCUUUGGCAUGCAGCCAAAGGAAUCAUGACAACAAGAUUCUACCAACUGUUCCUUCUUGUACACCGUUAAGUGUCAACCAUUCAUAAGACGAAAUUCAACAAUUGAAUCUGUUGUCCUGAUAA